AUCGCCGGUGGAAUACGUUACACGUCCGUAUUCGAGCGUGUCGUGCGCGCACACACACGCACACAUGUACCUGUAAAAUGUUUUAUCUGCUAUUUUAUAUCGUGCAGGUUUGCGUAACCGCGUCGACGUUGUGCGUUCUUGUACGAAUUACGUGGUGUCGUUUGCUUCGACCGAAUUUAACGGAGACGUGUAACGCGUUACAGCCGUUAAUCGUCCAAUAACUAUACACGAGUUAUAAUAACGAUAAUCGAACGAAGCGAAUAUUCCUUCCGUACGUGAACGAAAUUCGGUAAUUCAUUAUCAAGCGUAUUAGCUACCCAGAGUUUCGCUUCGUUUCGAUAACAGUUAUAACGUACCCGCAACUACACCGGUUACACGUGCGUGCCACUCGUCGUCUAGCGGUUAACAAUGAGAAAAAAUAUGGGCCACGAAUCCAUAAAGUCUCCGAGGUUUAUUGCGGUCGCGGACGACGUGGAAAUGAAUUUGGAAAAAUCUAACGGACCUUUUCCGUCGAUGUAGGUCACGCGAUUCACCGUGCGCCGCUUAACUUUCAACGUUCCGAUUUAUUUCACACAACAAAUAGGUUGAGAAAAUUGUGCAGGAAUAAAACUUUGCAAACUACAACGAAGAUGUAAUAUACAUAUUCAUACGCGCAUCGUACACCGUACGACGUUAUCGCAUCCCCUUUCGCGAUAAUUUUCUGCAUACAGGUGCAGAAAAUGUACGCACGCGGUGGUGGGUACACCGUGGGUGUACGGAGUAACGUUGGUUCGAGCGAAUGGUAUCGUUAUCUCGUUAGGUAUUCUAUAAACACGAGUGCGUCGGAUUAAACGACCCGCCUAUCCUAUUCGUCGUAAAGUUACGAGCAAUUAUUCAUCCGAAGUUGUAUAGCGCGUUGUCAACGUUUGUGACCCGGGCGCGAGAUGGGAAAAAGAGUGCAUCGCCCUACGCGUACGCCAAGUUUGCGUUACUUGCGCAAACUUCGACGAGAAUACAACCGACUACCACCUUGUUUGCUCUUUAUUUCCGUAUAUAAGGCGCGCGGUAAGACGCGACGUCGCACCCACAAACCCGACAGUUUCUCGUCAUCUUCUACACUCGCGCAUACUUUACGAGCGAUGCGUCUGGCAAUUCGAAGUUUCGCGAUAAUCGGUAUUUACGUCGUUGUCAAUAUCGUCGCGACCAAUGGAGAGACGAGUUCGACACCGGCGGAUCCCAAAACGUCGCCGAAUGAAAAAGAGCAAAAUUCGACGAGCGCGACAACGUGGAGAUUCCAUGGUUCGAUUUGCCCCCACAAAGACCACAAAUCCUACGUAAGAUGUUUACAGAGGCACAGAAGACACAACGCGCCGUUAGCCACUGUCGAAAUUUUGUCACCAGGUAAAAACGGCGCGUCGAACGGCGGUUCCAACUGCAUGGAGGAGUGCGAAAGGGAGUCCUGCAGGCGAUCCCAAGUAGCCGGUCCGUGUGCGGAAAUCUGUUACGAUCGUUGCUUGAAAAAAACCAAAGAAAUACAUCACAGGAUAACGGAGUACGAAAGCGCUUGCAACGACGGUGAGAACUGUGACGAAAACGGAGGGAAAACAGCCAACGAAUUACCCUGGGGAUUCGGACCGAUCGCGAACCUCACCACCAGUAUCGACAUCAGAAAUUAUCUGAACAACACGAACGUGAUACUGACCAACCCCCAAACCGGCGACAAAGCGGAAAAAGGUGGCCGCGGGGACGUGGGAAAUGAGAGAAAGGAUGAUGUAGACCGAUGGAGGAAGGAUAACGCCACGUGCAGGGAUAAAACUGGACACGACAAUCCGCCCCGCGAGCCGGGAUUCCCGAGGAGGCCAUCGCCAGGAUUUCAGCCCUGGUUUCCGAGUCCCAGUCUUUCCCUGAUCCCUCAAAUUCAGAUGGUACCGCAAGUUACUUUUGGGAUAGGAAUCGGUUCCGGGAUCGGUUUCGGAUCGAUCGGAAACGGAUGUCCCUACACGAAUAUCUGGCUCUGCUUUUCACAGCAGCAGCAGCAGCAGCAACAGAUUCGAGUGGACUGCUCCGGCUGCGAACAUCCUUAUCCUUAUCAACGGGGGAGAUGCGAUCCUUCCUGCUGAUAAGCGGGAAAGUGUGCGAAAUUUUUUGAAAAAUUUAUCGCUGUGUCUAUACAUAUAGAAAUAAAUGAAAAAUUGAACGAAC